AUGGACUUUUGUUCUGAUUUUGUGAAUAUCUCCUGCCUCGGGACCAUCAGGUCACCUGAAAGUUAUUCUAUUAUGAUAAUUGUCAUGCUUGGAGCUAUAGUACUCGCCACUAUAGGAAAUCUAAUUGUGAUUAUUUCAGUCUCACAUUUCAAACAACUGCAUUCUCCAACUAACUUUCUUAUUUUGUCCUUGGCUGUUACAGAUUUUCUUUUAGGACUGGUGGUUAUGCCCUACAGCAUGGUGCGGUCAUUAACAUCUUGUUGGUAUUUUGGAGACUUAUUCUGCAAAUUGCACAGCUGUAUUGAUAUGACACUGUCCACAACUUCCAUAUUUCAUCUUUUCUUUAUUUCUGUUGAUCGCUACUACGCAGUGUGUAGGCCUCUUCAUUAUUACAAAAACAUAACUAAUGACGUAAUACUGGUAUUUUUGUUUAUCAGUUGGUCUGUUUCCUGUAUGUAUUCUUUUGGCCUUGUUUUUUCCAAUAUACACACUGAGGGAAUACAACACUAUAUUGCCUCAUAUACUUGUACUGGCUCUUGUUCUCUUGCUUUCAACAAGAUUUGGGGGGCUGUUUCUGCAUUGGUAAGUUUCUUUGUUCCAGGUACCCUGAUGAUCGGAAUUUAUAUACACAUUUUCUCAGUUGCCAAUAAGCAAGCUAAGCUUGUGCAUAAUCAUCAUAAUGUCCAGACUGACCAACCAAGUGUAACAAUUAAAGUUUCUGUCAGAGCCGAAAGCAAGGCAGCAAAAACUCUGAGCAUUGUUAUGGGAGUGUUUCUAUUUUGCUGGCUGCCAUUUUUUAUUUUGACUAUAGUAGAUCCUUACAUUAACUUUUUAACUUCUGAAGAUGUCUACAGUACUGUUCUGUGGCUUGGUUAUUUUAACUCAGGCCUUAAUCCCAUUAUUUAUGCCUUAUUUUACCCAUGGUUCCAAAAAACCUUUCAAUUCAUUAUAAAAGGGAAUAUUUUUAAAGCAGGAUCUUCAUUCUCACAAGUUUUGAUCAAUGUUUAA